CGCGGGCUGUUGCAACGUCAAACAUCGUCCCCCUGGUCGUGCCAUGCGCACUGACGGUUGUUGUUGUUGAGCUGGUUGUUAUGGCUGGACAAGGCCUCGGACUAAACUGAGAGAGGACCCCCUCCCCUCCCUCCCGUACUACCCCGUCUCCGCUACGGGACACCCGCCACCCAUGGAGGGCACGGACAUGGACGUGGACGCGGAGCUCAUGCAGAAGUUCAGCUGCAUGGGUACCACGGACAAGGACGUCCUCAUUUCGGAGUUUCAGAGACUGCUGGGCUUUCAGCUCAACCCAGCCGGCUGCGCCUUCUUCCUGGACAUGACCAACUGGAACCUUCAGGCUGCUAUCGGUGCAUAUUAUGACUUUGAAAGUCCCAAUGUCAACACGCCAUCCAUGUCCUUUGUUGAAGAUGUGACAAUUGGGGAAGGAGAGUCGGUUCCUCCAGAUACACCGUUCACAAAGACCUGGAGGAUACAAAACACAGGCGCAGAGUCGUGGCCGCCUGGGGUUUGUCUCAAGUACAUUGGUGGGGAUCAGUUUGGCCAUGUAAACACAGUCAUGGUGAAGUCUCUAGACCCCCAGGAAAUAUCAGAUGUGAGUGUGCAGAUGCGGAGUCCCACAACUCCUGGCAUGUACCAGGGUCAGUGGAGGAUGUGUACAGCCACUGGGUUAUUCUAUGGAGAUGUAAUCUGGGUGAUUCUUAGUGUAGAAGUUGGAGGUCUCCUCGGCGUGACCCAGCAGCUGUCCUCCUUUGAGACAGAAUUCAACACCCAACCCCAACGCAAUGUUCAGGGAGACUUCAACCCCUUCGCCUCGCCACAGAAGAACAAGCACGACGCCACUGACAACAGCCUCAGAGAUCCUGGCGGGGCCUGGGAAAGUACACAAGAGCCAAUCCAGCAAGAUCAAAAUGGACUGUCUCAUAAUGCUGUAAAUAGGGCGUCAAACGGUCUCCAAACCAAUCUUUCUGUGGUGACUUACGGUCAGCCUUUUGUGAAAGUAAAGGAUGACCAGUGGUGCUCUGGCUCAACAAGUUUAUCACAAGAGGGUAUUCACGGACCCUAUCCAUUUGGACAGAGCUAGAAUGACAAAGACCCCCCCCCAUAGUGGAUGAUGAGCUGAACACCCUGGGAGUCAUUAAAUGUAGAGGAGUUGGAGGGGGGGAGGAACAGUUGUUUUAUAUUGACUCAUGACAACCCUCUCCCCGACCCAUGGCCCUUUCCACAGAAACACAAAUUACAGUGAGGUGAUGGAUUACAUCUGCUACAGUGAAACAUCCCACCUGACAUCAACGACCGGAUUAGCAUGUGUGAAUGCUUCAUUUAAGAGUGCUAUCAACCCUUAAAAAUAGAUACACACGACUAUUUUUAUUUCCACUGUAAAAACACAGCUAAUUAAAGGGAAAAUCAACCCUAAACGAUCUACAUACAAUUUGGUAUUCCCAUGGGCAAUUGAAUACUUUGUCUCUUCAGGGUUCCUACACAGAUCUGAAAAUGUUUGGAAAAGUGUUGGUACACAGUACAAAACCUAAUAGUGAUCGAUGAUAGAUUUGAGGCCUUGAAAAUUGUUUAAAAAAAAAAAACACCAAAAAAUUGUGGGAUGUAUGUUUUGUAUGGAAAAAAGUGUAAUCUUUUAUGAACCACACCAAACUGUUUUUAUUAGAAAUGUGUGAAGUAUUUCCAAACUCUUCUGGAUGACAGCCUUAUACUAGUUUCACACACAAAUCUGUUGAAUAAUGUGGGAUGUUACACAGCUAGUAUAACAACAAAUAUGACCUGUCGUACCAGCCACUUGGCCACAGAUAAAUACCGGAGUUCGUGAAAGACCACUGCAGAAUUGCUCUAGAUCUAGGAUAAAUCGAUGCACUUUUGCUGCAUUCCCAUACAGUGUAUACGUCUUGCGAGGGUUCACAUCAUUGGACAGCUAAAAAUGGUUGAUUUGGCUGUGUGAAAAAAUUUGGUAUUAUAUCUAUGAAGUUUGGGUUUAAUCACCUUGAACGAUUGGCUGGCAUGAGGUGUCCAUAUUUGUUUGGUUUUGAGACACCUCUGUAUUAUUAUGUGCCAAGUCGGAAGAAUCAGAGCUGUCAGAAAAGUCUGAAUUUUCCAGUUGUGAUUACGACUUAGAUGUUGACUUGAGUGCUAUUUACAAGUCUGAAACUGGUAAUUAUGGUGAUCGUACUAUGAUUGGCAUUAACAGGUCUGUUAUUUGGAGUCUGGAGGAGUUGUUGCUGGAAUUUUUCUUUUACAAUUUCAGGUCCACCGAUCUGAUAUACAUCCACGGGGUUUGUUUUCUUCAGUCAGUCUCACAGAGGUUCAAACAACUUGUGCUCUAGUCCGAAAAAGACGACAAAUUCGCUUUCAACUGUCAUGUUUCAAGUACUUUUGUAACUGACUGUAAUGGAACUUAUGGCUGAGAACACUAGACGUUACCACCAAUAUCUGAGUUUUUUACAUUUAUUACUCAAAAGUUACUGUUGUACCUGGUGUUCACCCUUUCAGACUAAAACUAGUAGUUUUAGAUGCCUUGAACCCUGGUUGCUAAACUAGGUCAGAUAACACAUGAACCUGUUUGCUUCAGCCUCUAAGAAGUAUUUUUUAAAUUUAAGUAUUUGUCAAUUGAACUAUUUCACUAUUUGCCGUUUUUUUGAGAAAAACGUGCUGUCAAACCCCAAAACAACACUCUAACUAGUCCCAGUAUUUCCCGAGAUACUUCCACAACAUUUGAAAUGUAGUCCUAAAACAACUUUACACUAAGGAGCCCAUCUCUGUGUGGUAAUUAAAGUAAAAAGUAAACCCAUGCCAGGCAUAUCUGAAGGAAGUCUUAGUGUCCAGCCACUAAUCUGAUACAUGACAUUUUAGAAAUUUAAAGACAAGGGCAAGAAAAUAUGGACGAUCCCUGUGUAGGAACCCCAUCUCCUAAAGAUAAAGUCCACAGAACCAAGACACUAAUCUGUGCUGUCAUAAAACGACACAGUCUGCUGGUGCUCGAUUCAGACUGCAUGGGACAAUGUGUGUGUUUGUGUGUGUGUUUUUUAGGGUGGGUUUUCGCUUUAAAUAGAUGCUGAAGUGUAAAAGGAUGCAAGUGAGUUUGAGCCAGUGAGGUGUGAGGAAGGGUUGAAAAAGCCAUUUAAAUCUAUUUUGCCUGGUGAGUGACUGUAGUUUCCAGAGUCCAUGUCUACAGUAUGUGUACUAGAAAUAUAUUUGUGUGUGUGUGUGUGUGUGUGUGUUUGUGUGUGUGUGAGUGUGUGUAUGCAUGUGCAUGUGCGUGCGUGCACGUGCGUUUGCCCGUGCAUGUAUGUUAAUGGUUUCUCGUUGGAUUUAACUGACAUAACAAUGGUGUAUACUACUUGGGCAAAGGAUGACGUGUCUAUUCACACACACACACACACACACACACACACACACACACACACACACACACACACACACACAUACACAUCAAUAUUUAGAGAGCUUUACUAGGUGUUUACCUCUGAAGCAUUGUUGAGCAAUUUGGAUGAACUGACUCACUAAUUGCCCUGAUGUUAUUUAUUUGCUGUCACAUUGUGCAUUGCAGAUGCAAAAAGUCCCAUUUAUAGCCAGCAGGUGGUGCUAAAAACAAAUGACCAACUUAAACUUGAGUUGACAUGCUGAGUACAUUGUGAAGAAAAGGUGAUAAGUUGUAGUUUGAUUGUAGGACAAUUUGAAUAUGAAAAUUAAUGGUUUGUAUCAGCAUUAUUAGCACUGAUGUUCUAUUACUGCUAUUUGCACAAUGCUCUCUACCACUGCUAAUGAGGAAAAGUAGUGAUUUUUGGCUUAUUGUGUGAAUUCCUUUUCCAGAAAGUUUCAUGGGUUUGUUUUGCUAAUCUUCUCUACCCAAAUUGCCUAUGUUCUCCAGAGCUUUAAGUUUUGUUUUCAAAGUAUUAAACAUAAAGUUUCCAUUCUUAAGCAUCACUGUCAUCGCUGCGCCACUGUCUGAUCUUAAAAACUAAGAUUGAUUGACUUGUGUUUAUUAAGGUUUUGCGUAUCUGCGAAUGAGAUGGUCUGCUUUCACACCUGAAUUUUUACUUCAGCUUUGCUAUGUUCAUUAUGUCAGACAAUGGAUUUGAUCAUGUGUUUUGGCUUAAAAAUAAAAUGGGAAAAGUUGGUGAUAGAACUCCAUGAUAGUGUUAAAUUUUUUUCUAAAGGGGUAUUUCAUUGAAACUUUCUCCUAGUUGUAAUUAUGAACAUCUAAAUAUUAUUGUUUAGAGUUCAUUGCCUCUAUGAUCAUGUAUACCCGUAAAAUUCACCAGCAUUCUGCGUGCAUCUGUUUGUAUUUGUACUGAGUCAGCUUAGAGUCCUUCUCCCAAACAGUAUACACUCUUCUGCAUUGCUUCUUUUAGUCAAGUCAGUCUUUUGUGUGUGUGUGUGUGUGUGUGUGUGUGUGUGUGUGUGUGUGUGUGUGUGUGUGUGUGUGUGUGUGUGUGUGUGUGUGUGUGAGAAAGCGACAGACAGUGAGGAAAUCUGAAUAUUGCUGGAUUCAUUCUAUAGUUUUAGUUUGUGACUAUGUAUGGACUUGAGAUUGGUGGUAUGGUUUGUGAAUGAGAUGAAAGUUUACAUAGUCCUAAAAUAGCACAUUUAUCUGAAGAGAAAUUGUCAAACAAUAAAGCUUUUUUUUCCCCCCCUGUAUCUAUAAUUAAGCAUUUGUAUGAU